GCUCGGGCCCGGGGGCGGCAGGGGGCGUGCAGGGCGUGACGUCACAGGCAGGGUUGGCCGGCCUGCACCGUGGCAGAGGGUCGGGGUGGCUGGCAGGCUGAUGGCUAGCGACGGUCUCAUAUAAUACCCGUGUGCGGGGCAGGAUGGCUCACAAAGUAGGCCAGGACGAGGCCCUGCACGAGCCCGACAGCCGCAGUGACACGAGCCUGAGCCCCGCGGCCAGCCACCAGCACGAGUACAGGACUAGGGGAAGGGAAAUGGUGAGCGGACCCGCAGUGAGUGCAGUGGACGGCCCCAGUAGCUCCCCGCCUGGUGCCACUUGUUUAGAGGACUCCCGGUACCGUUGUGUGGAGGACAUUUCUUCUGGCGGGCCCCCGGGAGAAGGUCAGAAGGGAGGAGAGAAGGUGUGGAGGAAGGGACUGCGCCAGGCUGAGGACAGUAGUGAGACAGACAUGGUUGGCGGUAGUGCGGGUGUCCUCGAGGCUGGGCAGCAGCAGCAGGGGCUGGCCGCUGCGGCAGCAGUCAUGGAACACGCAGACCCCAACAUGUACAGCUCGGACGAGUGGGAGGAGAGUGACCUCAGCGACACGGACGGCGACCACAGCGACAGCAGCGACGACGACGACCCCAAGUCCCAGGUGGACCGCCUCAUCGAGAAGGUCACCCUCGUCUACCUGGACGGCGAGAACUCCAACCUGUCCUCGGAGACGGAGAGCAGCGACGACAGCGACUUCGAUGACAGCGACAGCGAGAGCGACAUCACGGACGUGUCGCCGCUGAUCUCCGCCACGGCGAGCCCCCUGGGGCUGUCCCCCGUGCUCCCGCGCCGCGCCCUGGGCACCUCGCCCCUGGCCCUGCACGACAACAGGGGCCUGGGCUUCAGCAACUACGAGGCGCAAGCGCUUGACCGCCAGGGCAAGGAGGGGGAGCAGGCCUUCCACCACCAGCUGACGGUGCCCCUGGAGGAGCACCACCACCUGCACCACCACCACCACCACCAACGGCACCAGGACACCUCAGACAUGUCUGUGCUCCUGAAGGCCGUGGUGGAGCUGGAGGAGGAGCAGCGGCGGCAGCAGGGGGGCAGCGGCAAGAAGGCAAGGCGGCAGGAGUCCCCGAGCCAGCCCAUCACCAGCCAGCCCCCUACGGACAACCAGAUGCCCCAGAGGUCGCCACCCAUCGCCAUCCACCCCAUUGACGCCAGCCCGCACCACAGACACCUGCGGCGGGUGGGGGGUGGCCACCACCACCGGAGGAAGAACAUGUCCUUCCCCAACGAGGAGGUCCGCAGGAUAGACCGGGACAACCAGAUCCUGCUGGAGAAGAUCAUGAACGCCCACAGUCGCACCUCCUCCAAGCACCACCACCACCACCACCACCACUCCCACUCCAACUCAUCCUCCUCAUCCACCAACCAAAGCUUCACCGGCCACCACCACAGUAGUCGCCCAGUCCACCGGCCGGCGAAUUCAACCGUCAACCGGAGGAGAGAGGAGGAGAAAAUACGCAGGGAAAAUAUGGUAAAUCCUGCUGCGGAAAAUUCAGGAGGCCAAGCCAUCAAGGGAGGUGGCAGCGUUCCGUUCGGCCCGACACCACCGCACACCCACCGGCCUCUCCGCAGCGCCCGGCUCCUGUAGUGCGUCGGCCCGCACCGCCCCCGGGCAUGUGGCCGCUGCCACGACACCAAGAAAGGAGACGGCGCUGUGAGAGCUGCCCAGGGCCGGCGGUGCCCCACGGCACACUGACCUGUGCCGGCGGUCCUCGGCCCUCCCCCGCUGAGCAUCCACCCGGCCCGGCACCCGGCAGCCACAAGACCUUCCCACCGGUGCCGGCAGCCCACCCUCCUGGAGUGCCGCUGACGUCAUGCAGAGCCCCAGUUGCCCCCCACAGGAUACACCUCUACAGGGGCAGCACUGUAAUGGCCUGUGUGACCCACUACACACGACUCCCGUGCCAGGGUGUGUGCAAGAGGAAGCUGGACAGAGUGUGGCAGCAGCGCGCUGCACCACAAUCCUCGUAGCAGUCGUUCCCAACCCCAGAAAACAGAGGAGUGGCAUGGAAGGGUGAUGGCGUACCCCAUAGGCAGUGGGCCUUGCUGCGGUAUGCAGCCACCUACUGCUGCGGGGGUGCUGUGUUGGGGGGGCAGGGCAGCAGCCCGGCACUCUCACCCUCACACACACACAGAACAUUACUCACUUCCAUGCUGCUUAUUCUGCUUCCAUUAUUUCUUUCAUAAAGAAGUGUAGCUAGGCAAGUGGACAACGUGAGUAUUAUUGCCAUUCCCAGCCAAGGCGUAACACGGUGGAUGGUACCAGGACAGACGACGAGGCCAACCCACAGUGAGCGAGAGAGCAGCUGACUGUAACAUUCCACUCAUAAUGUUAGGCAAUGCAGCACAGUCACCUGUCGGCGCCACAUUGAGGUGACAGUGGGGCUGGACCAACGCAUGUGUACAGAAAGAGACAACGUGAUGCACCCUCAUCAUCCAAUCAGGCCUUCAUUGAUGCAUAAUCCACCACUUUAGAGCAGCAACAGCCUUCAUGGCGCGUGCUGUCGCCUGCGCUUCCCUCAACACCUCGGAGCACCGCGACGGAGCAGCAAACACGACCAUCACCAGGCGUCAAAAGGCAUUCAUCACCGGUCUUUCUUCGGCAUGCUAAACAAAAAUAAGAAAAUGACGUCUUCUGGAGAAUUGAGAGAACUGCCACCACUACCUUCACCUCCAUCCCUACCCUCUCCUCGCAUGUGUAAAUAAUGAACAGCAGACAUCAUCCGCAGAUCAUCAGAGUCUCGUAACAGUCAGCUCCACAUUACGCAUCCCUGUACAAAGCGUAGAGUCAUCCGCCAUUGCAGUAGGAGAGGACGGAAUGCAGACUUCAUUUCAUUUCGAGUUUCCACCCCAAGCCGCUGCCCCUUACGCCUCUUAGUCCUGGUGUUUAUUACGCAUCUUCCGGCACCGUAGACUCUGGGUUCCUGCCGGGCCCUUGCCAAGCACUAGCAGAGGCAGACAUAAUCAGAUAGCGGGCCAGGCAUCUCAGGGCAUUCUCUUUCACGACAGUCGUACAUAUAAAAGAAAGUUAAGUUUUGCGAAGUUUGUUUUCAUGUUGCAGAAAUUAAGUGACUUGUUCGCUGUUAUUUUUCUUCUUGCUUAUGGUCAAAAUUAGUUUUAUAAUUGGGUAAAGAACAUAAUUACAAACACCUCUCCAGUUACCAUAUUAGCUCAUUUGCCGAGACACAUUAGUUUUGUUUACUCAAAAGUUUAAUGAUACUUCAGAAAGCUGAUCAUCCUAAAUAACCACAUUUGUCUGUCGCCCCGUGUGAGAUGAAUGCCCUAACCUGCCGUGCCCCAAGCGUCUGUCCCCCACACACCACCGGCAACCCGGGCAGCCCACCACACCACAUAGUGACGGGUAUACACUGUAAUAUACUGUACCAUUGCGCCAUGUAUAUGUGUAUGUAUUGUAUGUCUAUGCCAUUACUGCUAGCCCCCACGCAUACUGUAUCGUGUACUGUUACUCAUUAUUGCCAGGGAGCAGAGCGUGUGCGUCGAGGCGUAAUACUCUUUGUGCAUAAGGAUGUAUUUGCUGCACACACUAUAGCUAUGAGUCAUGUAGUGAUGGAUCAGGGUCUUCGCUAAAAAUACCUAAUCGAAGAAUCGCCUCAUGUGCCCUGAUCCUACAUGACUAUUACGCCAAACACACCGAGACAACACCAUCGCCUGCCCCUCAAAAUGGCACACGUUUAGUCCAAUUUUAUGUGUGUCCUCCACUUCUCCGAAUGUGUCAUGUGACGUAAGGGUCCCUCAAACGCCCCCUUCACUUUCCAUAUCGAAGCUUAAGGGGCUUGUUGAGAGUCCUGAGUUGUGUGUUGCAUCGGAGGAGUCAGAGUGAAGCGCUGCCGUCAAUAUGUGAGGAACGCAAGGCCUCCAUGAGGGCGUAAUUUUCAUCCAUGAUAAUCUAGUCAGACGAUCUUGUUCCAUGAUUUUCGACUUGCCUGGACAGCCGCCGUAGGGUGCUAUUUUCCACUUCCUUUCCCUCGAUUUCUUUAUCGCUUUUUGCCUUUAUUAUGCUCCAACUUUUUCUUUCAUUUGGCAUCUUAUUCUUUUUAUAGCAAUUUUAGACCUUUUCACUUUCUUGUACUUUUUCCUUUUUCCUCAAUAUCUUGACCUCUUCUACUCUGGUCAGCCCUUUCACCGUGCAUGGCAGGUUUACAUGCUUCCACGCACUGCCACCAGAGGCACUGCUCGGCCCCAGACUGGCCCUGGCGCUGGCGUAGACAGUCUCGGGCCAGGGACAGCCUCGGCCCCGUCUCUCUUUCCAGGAGACGGUCCCUCUCAGUGCUCUUAGCCUGGCAUAUGUGAUUCCUGCCAUCCACUCCCCUCUGAAGUGGAUGUGGCAUGCUGGGUGUUCCUAUGCAGACAGCCUCCCACUCUCCCUGUCUCCAUCUCUGUCUGUUGUGAUCUCUCUUUCGUUUUCUCGCCUCGUAUUCCGACGUAAGCGAUGUGUUUUUGUAGGGCUGAGAAGCUCAACUGGUUUGGGCUUUUUUAUUAUUAUUAUUAAUCCUUUAUUUUGUAUUGUUUUGGUGGUAUUCUGUACGUACUGACAUUUUUGAAGAGGUUGAUUGAAAGACUUUUUGUAAGGUAUUUAUAUUACUAUUAAUAUUAUUAUUACGACAACUAUACGUACCAUGUGCCAGACUUUGUAAACAUGAUCCCCUCAGCUCAUGUUUAAUUUUUCAAUAUUAUGCAGCUCACUAAUGCAGGAUAAGUCUGUUUUUGUGCAUGUAAUACUAUACAAUUACUGCUAUUGUUAUUUUUUCAUCUUUGUGUUUUGUAGGAGUUUCAAACGGUACAAUCACGGAUGUAUCUGCACAAAGCUCACUUAGUAUAUAGUAGAGAGGUGUUCGGCUUGCAUCAGUGUUUGUUUACCAGCCAGUCAGCAAGUCAGUCAGUCAGUUCAGCAAUAAUAAUGAUGUCAUAAUAUUCAACGUCACAUCCAACCUUCCCAUAUAGGAUGUUUUGUCGCGGGCCAGAGUUAUGAGAAUCGAAGUUAGGUUGUACAUUUUUUUCGCUUUUUUUUAAUACAACUGUUUCCAAUCGAGUUUAAGAUCUACAUACCAGAGUGUCGAGAUGAUCAUGUUCCACGAUUUCAAAAGAUUGCAAAAAUGAAUUAAAUGUGAAUGAAAGUAUCCAUCAUGUCCUCCAGUUUAUAUUAUCACAAUGUUUAUCAUGAUUAUUUUUUUACUACACUCGCUCACUGUGCGUGUUUACCAAUGGAGAAUAAGCGUAGCGCAAUGUCCUUCCAGCCUUGAUUCAUUGCCUAGAUGCUAAAUUGUUUGCUAUUAGAAUGUUUACUCAGAUUUUUGGCUCCUAUGUAUGCAUGUCAACAACGAGAGAGAGGAGAGAGAGAGAGAACACGUGUUCUGAAGGAGUGUCUGUGUUACCAAGGCCUGUCUGUCUGUGUGAUAAGAGAACCUUCAUCUUCACCUUGAGUUGUGAAUCCGAUCAGAAGGGAGAAUGUGAGAGGAGGAGGAGAAGAAGGGGAGAUGCACAUUUAAUUGUAUCUGGGACGAUUUUUCCACGCCGGCUACGAUACAAAAAACUACCGUGUGUAAAUAUUUUUUAUACUUGUCUUUCAUUGUCUGUGAAACUUUUGAACAAUAAAAACAAUUGUUGAAAA